GCCGGUCGCCCAGUCCCACCCACGCGCGGCAGGCUCGGCCACGGGCGUCGGAGCACCCCGCCGCUCCGCGCCACCUCCCCCAAGUCCCUGCCCCGCUGCGGCGCGUCACUUCCGCCACCCCUGACCGGGGCUGGGGCGGGGAACGCGGGGGAGGGGGCCAGGUCCGAGGGAAGACCGCCCGCGCCAGAGCCCGCGCCCGAGCAGGGACUACAUUUCCCGAGGGGCCUCCGCGGCAGCAGUAGCGGCGGCGGGCGCGGCAACGUCCCCCGGAAGUGGAGCCCAGGACUUCCACUCGUGCGUGAGGCGAGCGGAGCCGGAGACAAGACCACAGGCCGAACUCGGGAUCUGACAAGAUGGCCGGGCUGCCCCGCAGGAUUAUCAAGGAAACCCAGCGUUUGCUGGCGGAACCAGUUCCCGGCAUUAAAGCAGAACCAGAUGAAAGCAACGCCCGUUAUUUUCAUGUGGUCAUUGCUGGCCCACAGGAUUCCCCCUUUGAGGGAGGGACUUUUAAACUUGAACUAUUCCUUCCAGAAGAAUACCCAAUGGCAGCCCCUAAAGUACGUUUCAUGACCAAAAUUUAUCAUCCUAAUGUAGACAAGUUGGGAAGAAUAUGUUUAGAUAUUUUGAAAGAUAAGUGGUCUCCAGCACUGCAGAUCCGCACAGUUCUGCUAUCGAUCCAGGCUUUGUUAAGUGCUCCCAAUCCAGACGAUCCAUUAGCAAAUGAUGUAGCGGAGCAGUGGAAGACCAACGAAGCCCAAGCCAUAGAAACAGCUAGAGCAUGGACUAGGCUAUAUGCCAUGAAUAAUAUUUAAAUCGAUCUGAUCAUCACGUGUGCAUCACUUCUCCUGUUCUGCCAAGACUUCUUCCUCUUUUGUUUGCAUUUAAUGGACAGUCUUAGAAACAUUACAGAAUAAAAGCCCAGACAUCUUCAGUCCUUUGGUGAUUAAAUGCACAUUAGCAAAUCUAUGUCUUGUCCUGAUUCACUGUUGUAAAGCAUGAGCAGAGGCUAGAAGUAUCAUCUGGAUUGUUGUGAAACGUUUAAAAGCAGUGGCCCCUCUCUGCUUUUAUUCAUUUCUCCCAUCAUGGUUUAAGUAUAAAGCACUGUGAAUGAAGGUAGUUGUCAGGGUUAGCUGCAGGGGUGUGGGUGUUUUCUUUAUUAUUUUUUUGAGGGGGGGUAGUUUUAUUUUAAUUUUAUGGGCUCCUUUCCCCCUUUUUAAGUGAUCUAAUUGCAUUGGUUAAAAGCAGCUAACCAGUUCUUUAGAAUAUCUUCUCUAGCCAAGUCUAACUUCAUUUAGACACUGUAGAUGGACAAGCUUGAUUGUUUGAACCAAAAUGGGAACAUUAAACAAACAUCACAGCCCUCACUAAUAACAUUGUGACUUCGCUGUCAAAUGUAGAAUUCUCCCUUCAAGAAAAAGCUUGUGACCAUUUUGUAUGGCUUGUCUGGAAACUUCUGUAAAUCUUAUGUUUUAGUAAAAUAUUUUUUGUUAUUCUACUUCGCCUUUGUACAUUUUAUUUUACUGUGUUUAUUUCGUUUUCCCAAUGUGACAAUCGUAUUUAAAAGUUAAAACUGAUGGAACAUUGUUUUGAUCUUCACCAUCUGACAAUUUGAAUGGCAAGAGGUAGAUUUUUUUGAGCUUUUCACUGAUGCAAAUUUAAGCUGUCGGUAAAUAGAAUAUUUAUAAGUUGGCUCUGAGCAUGCAUACAGCAUCAGUACCUGACCUUUUUUUUAACCUCUUAGAAAUUUGAAAUAAAUGUUUCUGUUUUGUCCGAUAAUUAGACUCUCAUUGGUGUCUUGCCACAGUGUUUGAAAAUUACUGUACAGGAGCAUCACAGCAAAGCAGCAGCUGUGACAGAUUCUGUAGGAUUUUCACAGGUGCCACAUUUGUGUCUGCAUUUGGGUUUAUGACCUUUUUCUUACUUCUUAUUUGCAAAUUCUGUGUGAUCACGGGUAUGUGUUAUUAGGAAACACCAACCUGAUUAUCAUUUGGGUUUUGCUGAGGCAUUUAUGAGUCUUCCUUAUAGACCUGACUAGCAAAUCUCAAGCAACUUGCUUGCAUAAAAGUAUCAUUCUUCCUUUGAGAGAUCACAUCCUCAGUUUCUGAUUCUUACAUUCAUCCCUCUUGUAUUUGUGAUGGGAGUUCCUUUUAUUCUUUGAUAAUUAAGUAAUUUUCUCCAUUAACAGAAUCCUUCCUCCCACAAAACUAUUCUUUCCCAUCUUUCUCCAUAUCUAAUUCCUGCUUUUUACUAAGUCAUCACUGUAACCAGUCAUCAGUAUGUAAAUGUUAGUUUGAGGUUGGCACCUUUGUCUCUUGCAGUUGAAGGUAAUGGAUAUUGUAGCUCAUCUGAAUUUUCCUGCUCUUACUCUCACUCUCGUAACUUCUGGAGUCUCUUCAGAAUGUGGUGUAUUUUAUUGUGUUCCUUAUGUAAGUUGAAGAAUUAUCUAUUAAAAUUACAUUUUCAACAUAUAUAAGUUUUUGAUGACUGGUAACUGGUAUCCUUCCAAAUAAAUGCUUGCUUGG